AUUGCAGUUCUUUCUGGAGAAAGUGUGCAAGAGACCGGACAGGAGGGAUAAGUUAAGGGGCAGGAAGAGCAAGCAGCAGGCAGGAGGCACCUCGGCAGUGUGGUGCACAAAGGCGCAGCAUCUUGGGUGGGCGAACGACAACCUUGUGGGUGUCGUUGGAGGACAGUUCCCUCCCCUACCUCACCACCUCGUACUCGCGGAUCCUCUCUCCUUUUGUUCCACUUUUCUGUUCUCUGCUGUCUCCAAAUUCCGAGAGGACCUUCUGGUUUCUCUUUUUUUGUAUGUAAGGAAACCAGGACCGGGAAAAUCUCGCUGACUCACCACAUUUGGAGGCCAAUCCCGAACAGCUGGAGGAACAGCGUGCCUCCCGAGGGACCCAGGACCAGCCUCCAGCCCCAAAACCUGUUCCUCACGUGAGCCAGUUUCAUGGAACAAACGCGGAAAAUCCCGAACCAGCCCCUCCCCACCCCUACUUCCCAGUCCAAGAAGAGAAGAACACCACUGCUAUCCUUCCUUUCCAAGGUCUCUUGGAAACUGAGGUUGCAGAAGCGGGAGCUUUUGAAGAAUGUGCUUUUCGUCUUGGCAGAAAGAGCCCGGGAUCCUAAUGCUAAAAAGCGCCGUCUAGCAAUGAGAGGCCUGGGUGCCCUGGCCCAGGAAGCUCCUGACAAGCAGGUGAGAAAGUAUAAGAAAGUUAUGCUUGACCUCCUGGUACGUGGGCUGUAUGAUCCUGUGAGUUCGGAAGUUAUCCAUGAGAGUGUGAAGACUCUGACCAUCAUGCUGGGCAAGAUCCAGGGCCAUGGGCUGGGGUCCUUCUUCAUAGAUAUCACCCUUCAGGCCCGGACCUUACUGGAUGAUGAGGACGACAGCGUGCGGUAUUCGGCCUUUGUCCUCUUUGGGCAGUUGGCCUCGUUUGCUGGGUGGAGGUGGAAGAAAUUUUUCACUCAGCAAGUUAACCAGACCCAAGAUUCGCUCUUAAGUCAUUUGCAGGAUGAAAGUCCUAAGGUUGCCAAGGCUUGCAAAAUGACUGUUCGAGCCUGUGUCCCGUAUCUGAAACCCAGAAAGGAGCCGAGUUUCCAAAGUGAAGAAGAUCAGAAGAACCGCAGGCUUUCCCGGCAGCUGAGCCACUGCCAUCCAGAGGUCCUGCUGUUCUUCUAUUCGAAUAAAAUCCUGUAAAGUCCGGAGCAGCAGAGAAAGUGGCCCGUGUGAGUGCCCUGCCCAGGCAUGGUUCUUCCUCUGUUCGGUCUCAUAGGAUACCUCUUUGACUCUCAAGUGAUUGUUAUGGAAAAGAGGAUGUCAGAGAGCAACUGAGGGCAGAAAAGUCACCCUGGAAGUGUAUCUCUGCCCCUGAAGUAAAAUUCUAUGCACUCGCGUGCACACAUAUAUGCACAUGAUUGUGGAGGUCACAUACUGUUCUUCAGUCACCACUCACCUUUCCAUUGAAACAGGAUCUUUAAUUGGCUUGGAGCUUGCUGAUUAGACUAGGCGUGGUGGCUGGUGAGCCAGCACUGGGAUUAUAACUACACUCCAGUGAACCAACUUUGUUUUUGUUUUUGUUUUGUUUUUUUAAUAUGCAUUCUGAGAGCCGAAUUCAGGCCCCUCCACCUACUUGUACUGACUAGGCCAUCUCCCCAGCCCAAUAAAUGCACACGUCCUUAAAACAUUCAACAUACUUGAUGUCCUAAAAGCUCCUUUCUCAGUUCCUCUUUGUCAGGUGACACACAUUUCUAAUAUGUAACCUCUGAGGCUUGGGAAAAUCAUUGUUACCUUAAGCAUUUAAAAAAUGUAUUUUUUUUUUGAUACUUUGCUAUUUGCUACCGACCAAGAGACCAAGAAGCUGGCUUACAACAUUGUCUUUUAAUAUCUGAUGAUCUUAAAAUGUCAUUGCCUGAAAAUCAUCUUUAAAAAGAAUGAGAAGAAAUGUUGCUGAAGCUCUACGCCAUCUACAGGGUGAUGAUAACGUACAGAAUAAAAACUGCAACGUUUACUGAGAGUGCUUACAACUCAUUGGGUACUGUGGUGGUUCGAAUGAGCAUGGCCCUCUAGGCGCACAUAUUUGAAUGCUUGGUCCCUAGUUAGUGGAACUGUUUGGGAAGGAUUAGAGGGUGUGUCUUUGUUGGAGAAGGUAUAUCAGUGGAGAUGGAAUUAGAGACUUCAAAAGCCCAAGCAAGGCCCAGUCUCUCUCUCCCCCACCUCUUGUUAUCUCUCUCUCUCUCUCUCUCUCUCUCUCCCCCUGCCUAUUGCCUGCAAGAUGUAAAGCUCUCAAUUAGUGCUUUCAGCACCAUGCCUGCCUACUCCUGCUAUGAUGAUAAUGAAUUAACCUUCUAAAGCUGUAAGCCAGCCCCCAAUUAAAUGUUUCC